UACUUUAAUACUUUUAAUCUAGUUUUGUUAUCUUGAUCUUGAACCUUAUCUAUGCUUCAACUCUCAAACAUCUGUCUACGAUGAGCUUGAACAAUACUUAGAUAUUACUGGUCUGGAUGUUUCAAUUUUUUACGACUUGUUCAAAGAUUUCUGUUUGUUUCUGUGUUGAUCAGCAACUUAGCUUUCAGUUCCAUGGAAGAAACGAGUGGUUCUCCCUUGUUCAGCUGCAAGACUUGCAGCAAUCCUCUGGCUUUUCCAACUGAUCUUCUCUCCAAGAAUUUCCUUGCAAAAUCAGGGCAAGCCUAUAUGUUCUCUCAUGUGAUGAACGUAGUGUUGGGGCCAAAGGAAGACAGGCAACUCUUGACUGGGCGUUUCACCAUUUCCACCGCAUACUGCGGCAUCUGUAAGCAAGAACUGGGCUGGAUGUAUGUUCAAGCUUACGACAUCAAAAACAGGUUCAAGGAAGGCAGAUUUGUGGUCGAGAAAUCCAAGAUCACUUUGGACUAUUGAAUGAUCUCUCUAUCAUAACUAUAAAUAAUCCUGUUUCAGGACAAUUAUAGACUUUAUGGGUGUUGUUGAUCAUAUGCUAUGCAGGGACUCAAUUUGAUGUUUGCUUCCUUUUGCUGCAACAAAUAAGAAAGAUUGCGUCUGUUAUCUUUUAAUUACA